AUGCCACGUGUAAGAAGACAAGUGAUCCUGGAAGAUCCUUCCAGGCCGGUUACACCUGACAUGGCACAAACUAAAUUGAUAAAAUCAGAAUUUAUCGAUGGCAAUUCUUUGGACGAACUUCAACCACAAAAAAUAGCAGAGGAAACUCCUAGUCCUCAUUUACAAGACCAUCAGUAUGGACAGACUCCUUGCUAUCAAGUCACAAGAAGACCUACACAGCCUUUACCUCGACCUGAACAAAUGUCAGUGCAAGCUGUAAAAAGAAGAUUAAAUUUGGAAGUAGCAUCAACUGCAUCCAGUCAAUCAGCUUUCAAAGCUCCUCGAGUUAAAAGACGGAGAUCAGGAUCUAAUUCAUUCUCAAAUCAUACCCCCUCAAAAAGUAAAAAUUUGGAAAGAACAAGAUAUGACACGUCGUUAAGUUUACUAACUAAAAAAUUUAUAAAUUUAGUGGAGAAUAGUAAUGACGGCGUAGUAGAUUUAAAUGUCGCAUCCGAAAAAUUAGGAGUACAAAAACGAAGAAUAUACGAUAUUACAAAUGUAUUAGAAGGUAUAGGUAUAUUGGAGAAAAAAAGUAAAAAUAAUAUUCAAUGGAAAGGUGGGCAGUUGCCGGGUGAGAGAAAUAAUAUUCUUGAACUGAGGCAAGAAGUGACUGAUUUAGAAGCUAAGGAAAAUGCUUUAGAUCGUUUAAUCCUCGGUGCUGAAGAAAGUUUAAGAGAACUGUGUGCUGAUAGACGAUACGCUUACGUUACUUAUCACGACUUACGCUCAGUGCCGGCAUAUCGCGAUCAAGCAAUAAUGGCAGUAAAAGCACCACCGGAAGCUACACUACACGUACCACAACCCACAAGUAAUUGUGGGCAACCCAAACUACAAAUUCACAUGAGGUCGUCACAUGGUGAAAUCGAAGUAUUCUUAUGUCCUGAUGAUUCCACAGUGAAAAAUCAAACCACAACGACAUCAUCACAAUUACAACAAUCUGCAUCAGUUUUAUCCAAGUCUAAAAAUCCAUCUCAAUUACCAUCUGAACUUUUGGUUACCCAAGAACAACAAACACACCGGAUAGAACCUCGAAUGAAAAUUAAAACAGAGUAUCCGUGUGCAAUAAAACGUGAAAUUGAAACGAUUUCAGCAGCAUCGGGUAUGAGAGAUGCUAUGUUGGGUGAGACUGAUGAUUUUGAACCCAUGGGUGGUGGAAAAUAUCAACUACAAACGGAAGAUCAAAUGUCGUCAGAUAUGAGUAUUCUUGAUUUCGGAGAAUCGCUUAUGUCGUUGGAGCCGCCACUUUCCGAAAACGAUUAUUCAUUUUCAUUAGCUUCUGGCGAAGGUCUGUCCGAUCUCUUCGACUUUCCUUUUUAG